AUGAGCCUCAUCCUGUCUCCACCGAAACUCGUCCUCCUGGCUGUUCAUUUGGCGACCAUCGCCGACGUGAACAGCUUGGCUUACCUGACGUCGCGAUAUCCAGCCGUCCUGCGAAAGGACAUCAUCCUGCGCAUCCUCCUGACAUACCUUCCAGAAACGAUACCGUCUGCAGAAUAUGUUGACUUCCUUCAGGAGUUGGAAUCGGGCGAAUUUGACGACCACGAGGCCAACGGUCUGAAUUAUGCGACUGUCCACGACUUGAACGACGAGGAAGCCGCCAAGAAAGUCCGCAAACUACGACUACUUCCCUUGUCCGAUGGAAAAGGCUCUACAGACGCCAAUGAAGAUCACAUAACGUCGUUUCUUUAUCGGAGAGCUUACCGGGUGGAUGAGGAAGCCGGAUUGCUCGCGCAAUUGCCGGUUCUUCUUGCGCCUUUCCUUCACCAUAGCCACGACCUGCGCACUUGGGUAAUUUCAACGCUUUUGCCGCUGUUGAGGAGGAAUUACGAGUAUUAUCCACAGGGUGCUGUCGCAAACACUCUCGUCGACUUUCAGAAAUUACCAGACAACAUCGCCGUCGGUGUCUUACUGUCGAACACUGGCGCAAAUGGCGAUCUCAGCACUGUUGGGCGGGACCUACGCGGCUUGGUUGGACCAUGGCUCCACGACAAUACACGCUGGAUAUCUGCAAUGAGUGCAGACUCAUCAUUGCAGCUUGCCAUCAGUGCAGGAACGAACACGGAGGGCCUAUUGUGUCCUGGCUGGGAGCAAGUCUUAGAAUGGCUGACCGCCCAUGCAGCGCGGUCCUGGAGAGUUGCUGUUGCCGCUGUCGAGCAGUACAACGGCCCGGAAGAUGUGGAUUUGGGUGAAUACGAUGGCAUUUGGUUGCGAGAAGAGCAACAACAGUACCUCGACCGACGAUAUGCACGAGCCAUCCUUGCCUGCGCUUACAUCAUGCCAGAGGCAAACCCGGAAGCUCUUCAGGGCGCUUAUCAAAUGGUGUCCAAGGUUAUGGAACUUCUCGGCAACGACAGCUCUACCUCGCUUGAACAGGAUGUGUAUAACCUGCAGACUGUUGCCGAUCUUGAUAGCGAGCUCUUCUCGUCACCGAAAAACACGGCUUACAUGCGAGACGACCUCCUUCACGAGAGCAAUCCACUCACUUCUCCCUCUCUGAAGGCGGCACGACUCCUUCAGGCGCUGAUAUUGAGCGCAUACCUCUUCACCCAGGCUGGGCAUCCGUGCUCAAUCAAAAGCGCGGGAGACCUUGCGUUCAUUCAGGACGAGCGUGAGCAAAAGAUGGAGGCAACAAAGCUCAUCCAUACGAUAGUAAAUCGAGCUCCUCGGAAUGACGAGAGCUAUUGGACGAAAUCGCGGAGGCAAAUCUUGUGGCUCCGUGACUGGGGCGCAAAAUCCAGUUCAGAAGGCUCAGGCUCCGGAGUUCUCGGUCGAGUAACAUCAAGCUUUCUUGAGGCCGAGAUUUUGAAAGGCCUUCUUGCGAACAAUCAGUAUUCCCUUGCUGCCUCAUUAUACGAAGGUGCCGAGCAAUCGCUGUCACAACAAGCUUUGCAAGAUACCAUUCUCGGUGCAGCCCUCAACGCAUAUGACAAUGCCACAAAUCCCAACCGCACUCGGGGCGGCCUCAAGAAAUGCGACGAGAUCAUCAACGCCUUUCCCCAAACGAUCGGCAAGUCGUUGCCUGCGAGGCAACGCAUCGACGCUUUGCUGAAGGCAACCCAUGCCCUGAGUGAUUACAGGCUAGUGCUGAAGCAAGGCGAACCUUUCAGCCCUGUCGUUCUUCGCGUUCACGCGGACCCGUUAUCGAUUAUCAGCAAGGUCCUUGAGCAAAACAAAAAGAGCUACACCCAGAUGCAAGAUCUCCUGGAAGUGGGAUACAAUAUGGUUAAGGCUGGCCUUACGACGAAGAGUAGCCACGGUGCAGCUGUGUCAGGUGAAGUCAUUGACGCUCACGUUCUGCGCGCUGAGGAGCGCAUUGUCGCUAUGUGCAUUGAAGCAGCGCUCCGAGAGGACGACUUCGAGACUGCCUAUUCAUACGUUGUUAGCAGAAUAUCGGAGCGCGGUGGAACACCUGCCCGCAUCACUAGUGAUCCGGACGAAGAAUGGCCAUGGCGGUCGGCGCUCUUGGCAGGCCAAUACGUUCGCACUGCCCGGACAAUCCAACCGACACAUUUGGGCACGGCGAGCGGUAACCCCGAGAUCAGACACCUUGAGCAGCGUAUCGACUGCCUGUCCACGGCGCUUCGUAUCGCGCCAGCGGCACAGCUGCAGGAGAUUCUCAAGACUUUCAGGCGCUGCGAGGAGCAGCUUGACUCGGCUGUCAAAGCGGAGGCAGCACUCGAGGCGGACGAGGAUGAUCUGCACGGCAUGCCUGGCGGGUUCGGUACACCGGCACCGGCUCGCAGGGUCCUCGCCGUGCCAGGUGUUGGAGGCUCCACCGCGCCGCCGAGCAAGGCGAGCGGUGCGGACGAGGCGCCCAUGUCUCUGUUCGACUUGUCGCGCGCAACCGCGCGAGCUGCCUCCAGAAACUUUGCGGCGCUGUCAAGUCUGCAGCAGUCCUCUGGUGGGGGCAAGACGCCUCAGAGCGAGGGUCCUGCGAACGAUCACGAGACGGAAGGUUACGAGGACGAUCACCACAGGUUACGCAAGAGGGAUCAGCUGCGCGAAGCGGCGAUGGGCACUCUGACGUCGGGCGUAGGCUGGUUGAUCGGAGCGCCAGCGUCAGGGGGAGGUGAACAGAGAGAUCGAGAUGACUAG